AUGCUUAGUCACACAAAGCGACCGUCGGACCUCAUGGCGAGCAAGUUAGACGGUAAGACAGCAAUAGGCGCUUGGAAAGGCGAGAAUAUCUUGUCUAUUGCUCAGUUUGGAAAGGAGAGUGCGCAACGCGUCCUGAGUGUGGCCGAUGAAAUGAAGCAAAUGGUCAAGACGCAGGGUGCAAACGAUCUGCUUAAGGGCAAGCUGCUGGCUAAUGUGUUCAUGGAGCCAUCCACGCGUACAAGUAGUUCGUUCCAAGCUGCGAUGAAACGUCUUGGUGGACUUGUCGUAUGUGUCAAUGAGACCUCAUGCAGCAGUAAGAAAGGAGAGACACUUUAUGAUACUAUUCGAUGUCUUGAGUGCUAUGCCGACGUAGUCGUGCUUCGUCAUCCUGUCAAAGGCAGCGCUCUCGUAGCUGCUGAAGCUACGAAGAAGCCUGUUCUGAAUGCUGGAGACGGUGUGGGUGAGCACCCGACUCAGGCUUUGCUAGAUCUGUACACGAUCUAUACUGAAAUGGGUAACUUGGAAAACCUGAAAGGAAAGGUCAUUACCAUGGUUGGUGACCUCAAGUACGGCCGCACAGUGCACUCUUUGUCUAAGCUGCUGGCAAUGUACGGCAUGAGGUUCAAUUAUGUGUCGCCGCAGAUCUUGAAGAUGCCACGCUACGUGUAUGAUGAGCUGGCAGGGCAAGGCAUUCGACAGAACGAGUUGACCAAUCUGGAUUCAGUGAUUAACCAGACAGACGUGCUCUACGUCACCCGUGUGCAAAAGGAACGAUUCGAGUGUGAGGCAGACUACAACGCGGUGAAGGACAGCUUCCGCAUUACACUGGACACCAUAAAGGAUGCAAAGGCUACAAUGGUCAUCAUGCACCCGCUGCCGCGUGUUGGUGAGAUUGAUGUUGAGAUUGAUGACGAUCCGCGCGCUGCCUACUUUCGUCAGAUGGAAAAUGGCAUGUAUGUACGCAUGGCACUGCUUGCUCUUGUCUUGGGCAAGGCAUAA